AUGUUGACCCUGGAAGUAGGAGGUGGGGAUUACAAGUUAAGGUUGCCUACAGGCACCAAGCGAGCAUGGAGGCUCCCACUAAGCCGAGCAUCCUCUUUCAACCUCCACCUUCGUCAACAAGCUGUUAUAACCAUGUCCACCGCGAUACCCUCAAUCGCCUGCUUAGGCGUCAUCGGCAGAAAUAAUAACCCCCUCCACAUCUCCAUCUUCCCCUCGCUCGAUCCAGUGACAAACACAUUCGCUCCGAUCCGCACACCUCUGCAGUUCUCCCUCCUGCUAUCCUCCACCAUCGAUGUUUUCGACCUGCGCGCAAAGAAUAACGCCGUCUCGGGCGUAGGCCUCUCGGGCGACUUUGGCCUGCUGCACGCUGUCGACGACCGCCUCGCCGCCUACGGCUUCGAGACCAACACAGGUGUCCGCAUGGUCUGUCUUGUCGACAUGCGCGGUCGGCGCGUAGAUGGCAACGCUCCAUUAGUUGCUAGUAGAGGCUCUGCUGCGGGCCUGCGCGACGCCGAGCUCAAGCCUGUGUUCCGCGCGAUGCAGCAGGCAUAUGUCAAGUUACUGCAGAACCCGUUUUAUGACCCCGACGAGCAUGCGCCGCUGGGUGGCAGAGGGGGUAAAAAAAUCACGAGUCGAAAGUUUGCCGAAGACAUGAAGCGGAUAGGCGAGGGCUGGACACCAGGCGUGACGAGUCUCUGA